AUGGCUAUACUUGGAUUUCACAUAGUCGUCUCUUUAGUGGCUCUCACUAUAAUGAGUAAAUUAGGAUCACGGCUGUCAAUUGUAGAACUGUAUAUUGUUAAAGGAUUGUUUCGCUUCAUUGCGCCUUCCAAUGAUGAAAUUCGUGCCCUCAUGCCACCGUCCAAAGAGAAUCCAAGAGUCCGUAGGAAAAAACGGGAGGAAGAAAACAGCGAUGGGUUCAACGUGCCAAAAUCGCUCCCUCUUCGACUCAAAGUGGGAAGAGUGAUUGAGGAAGAACUGCGAAAUCUUCCCCUCUAUUCAUCUGUCCACUGGCUAUCCCUUUUUGUGCCAUUAUGCAUCCUUGUAUUAGCUCGACUUACGUCUUGGCUGGUUGUCAACGAGGAUGAGCGGAGCGUACUUCUAGUGUUUGCCGCAAUUUUCUUCCUUCUAUCCGUUAUCUUUGCCACUCAGGCUGAUUACUUUUUCGAUAUUCGUCUUCUCGCAGGAUAUGAUCGGUUUUGUUCCAACAUCGCCACGUUGAUGACUGAAACAGGUGUGAGUGAAUACAGUCUUACCCACUCGAAGGAUCCAAUACUUCUGUAUGUAUCGAUGUCCGUUCUUUUUUCAUUUAUUGCAGCAAUGUUGGUCUUUCCAAAUUUCCGUUAUGCAAAUAUGUAUACAAAAGCCCAAGCCAAAGCGUCAAGACUUGCCAAGUUAGGUUUGCACAUCACUUUUCUGCUGCCAUUGCUGACUUUGUUAUCAUUCACUAGCCCUGUGAAAAAACAACUUGUGUUUGGAUCUCGGAAACUGUAA